AGGUGCAACCGAUACACACAUUAAGUAAAACAUCUACACAAGAAAAACAAGAAAAACCUGGUACCCAAGUCUACAGCCGCAACUAAUUGUUCUUUAAGCAACUCCGUGUACGUUAAACAAGUAAAAAUUUAAAUGACAAGAAUUUGCAAGGAGAUCCUACCGUUUAUAUCACCAUCAUAUCGCCCGAGUAAUGCCAAAGCCACGACAAAAACGUCACUGGCAUUGGCUAAAAACGGGCCAAUUAUGCUGUCUCACACUCAUAGUGACAGCGACAUGUAUACCACUUUGCAGCGAUGUUGUUGCCACUGCUGUUGCUGCUGGCGCGUCGAGCUACUUAACCACUGAAACACACAGCAACUAUAUGAACAACAAAAACAGCAAUAACACUCAAAGUCAACUGCACUCACUACCCGAACAGCAAAUUAGUACAAAAGCAACGGAGCUACAUAACCCACUAGCAGCGCAAGCAAACAAACAAACCGAUACCAACCACAACCUCACACCGCCCACUACAAAACAGACACACACACGCAACUCAAACAAAAUUGUUGUAAACUAUGAAAGUACACCAAGUGAAAAGGAUGUCUUGGUCGACACACAAUUCAUACAGCAUAUUAACCGUCCCAACGUCGAGCUUAAUUUGCCUAUGCUCACAACUGAUAGGAGCAGACUCGAUGAUGUGGUACAUAGUACAAAAAAAAUUGCAACAACUUACACGCCAUAUUUAGUAGUCGACGACAGCCGGCAAAGAUAUAGUGAAACACAGACGGCGGAGAAAAUAAACUUCAGUCGCAGCUCGACAAGAGUCUCAGCCAAUUGGCCUCAAAACAAUUUGAAGGUUAAUCAAGUGUUCGAAAGUCAACGUCGCAUGACGUCGGCAGAAAUUAAACGCAACAGCCGACGUAUUGUUUUGCUAGGCCUAUUCGAGCUAUCGAAUAGGCUGGGUCAACGUUUGGAUGGCUGGAGUGAGUUGAGUGCGGCACAGAUGGCUGUGGAGCAUAUCAAUAGGAAGAGAAUAUUACCUGACUACACGUUGGAGUUGUUGACCAACGACACACAGUGUGAUCCCGGUGUUGGAGUUGAUCGAUUUUUUCAUGCCAUCUACACGCAACCAGACACACGAAUGAUUAUGCUGUUGGGCUCCGCCUGCUCGGAGGUGACUGAAAGUUUAGCCAAAGUCGUGCCGCAUUGGAGUAUUGUGCAGGUUUCAUUUGGUUCCACUUCACCAGCCCUCAGCGACCGCAAGGAAUUUCCCAAUUUUUAUCGCACCGUCGCACCAGACUCAUCACAUAAUCCUGCGCGUAUUGCUUUUAUACGCUUCUUCGGCUGGGAUACUGUCACUACGUUCUCACAGAAUGAAGAAGUCCAUUCGUUGGCUGUCAAUGAUUUAGUAACUGAAUUGGAGGCGGCGAACAUAUCUUGUGCGGCAACGAUUACAUUUGCAGCGACAGAUUUCAAGGAGCAAUUACUGCUGCUGAGAGAAACGGAUACACGCAUUAUUAUCGGCAGCUUUUCCCAGGAUUUAGCGCCACAAGUGCUUUGUGAAGCAUUUCGUCUACGCAUGUUUGGAGCGGAUUAUGCCUGGAUAUUACAUGAGAGUAUGGGCGCACCAUGGUGGGGUGAUAUAUCGGCCACUGGCACCGACUGUACGGCGAAAGAAUUACAGGAUGCGGUCGAGAAUUUGAUUAUCAUUGCCAGUCACAACAGGAUUGUGGGGAAUAAGACCGGCUACAGUGGAUUGAACAAUGAGAUGUUCCUUACUGAAUUACGUCGAAGAUCUGGCGGCAUACUUGAAAAUCGCAACGUCGGCAAAAAGCGAAAACCAAAGGCGGUCACAAGCAAGGCAACGCAUUCAUUAGCAGACAAAGCGCUAAACACAAACAACCUGCCCACCCUGAAUACCUUGUCGACUGUGUCGACUUAUGCGCCACAAACGUACGAUGCCGUUUGGGCAAUCGCCUUAGCAUUGCGAGCUGCAGAGGAGCGUUGGCAAAAGUUGGGUAUGCAAUCAAAACUCAAUCAAUUCGAUUAUGUGCGAGCGGAUAUGGCACGGGAAUUCCUUCAACAGAUGGCUAAAUUGGAAUUUUUGGGAGUUUCGGGUCCAGUUUCAUUCAGUGGCCCAGAUCGUAUCGGCACCACCGCCUUCUAUCAAAUACAAAACGGCACACUCGCACUCGUGGCACUCUACUAUCCAGCCGCUGGAACUUUAGAUUUCCACUGCCCACACUGCCGUUCUGUACGCUGGCAUACCGGUCAAGUGCCCAUCGCCAAGCGGAUAUUCAAAAUGCGCGUCGCCACCAUUGCAACGAGCGCCUUCUACACGGUAGCCACACUCUCGGUCGUUGGCAUCGUAUUAGCCAUAGCUUUUCUCGCUUUUACCUUGCACUUUCGGAAGAUGAAAGCAAUUAAGCUUUCAAGUCCGAAAUUGAGUAAUAUUUCUGCAGUUGGUUGUGUUUGUGUGUAUGUUGCUGUAAUUUUGCUCGGACUGGACUAUUCUACGCUGCCCACGCCGGAAACUUCCUAUUCGAACGUUUGCACGGCACGUGUCUAUUUACUUUGCGCUGGCUUCUCCCUGGCCUUCGGUUCGAUGUUCGCCAAAACAUACCGUGUUCAUCGCAUUUUCACACGCACCGGCAGUGUGUUCAAGGAUAAAAUGCUGCAGGAUGCUCAGCUAAUAAUGUUGGUGUGCAUAUUGUUGGUGGUCGAUGCGCUUCUUGUCACCCUCUGGGUAUUUGUCGAUCCGAUGGAAAGGCAUUUACACAAUUUGACGUUGGAAAUUAGCAGCAUUGACCGUAGCGUCGUCUAUCAGCCACAGGUUGAAGUUUGUCGUUCGCAACACACUCAAGGCUGGCUGGGCGCUUUAUAUGCUUACAAGGGGCUGCUGCUUGUUGUUGGUGUUUACAUGGCAUGGGAAACGCGGCACGUGACGAUACCAGCACUGAACGAUUCACAAUAUAUUGGCGUGUCCGUGUACCUGGUCGUCAUCACCAGUGCUAUAGUUGUGGUUCUAGCUAAUUUGAUCUCGGAACGCGUAACGCUCUCAUUUAUAACGAUAACAACGCUGAUAUUGGCAUCAACGACGGCAACAUUAUGUUUGUCUUUCAUACCGAAGUUGCACGAUAUAUGGGGAAGAAAUGUUAUUGUAGAUCCGGUGAUCCACAGCAUGGGCUUAAAAAUGGAGUGCAAUACGAGACGAUUUGUUAUCGAUGACAAACGUGAGCUGCAAUAUCGAGUAGAAGUGCAAAAUCGGGUUUAUAAGAAAGAGAUUGCAAACCUCGAUCAAGAAAUACGAAAGCUUGAACGAAUACUUGAGUUUGGCACGGCAUCAUCGGCUACAUCAUCAUCCUCACUGGGACAUCAAAGGCCCGAGUUAACCGUUACCAGCGACACCUCUAUAUUCAUGCGUCCCACUUCGCCAACAUUCCCACCGGUAUUCCCUGCGCUGCCACCGAGCAACAACAAGUCACGUGCACCCAGCAUAUCAGGCAUACUACCGAAUCUUUUGCUCUCUGUACUGCCACCAGUGAUACCACGCGCUAGCUGGCCCUCCGCGGAAUACAUGCAGCUUUCCAUGCGUCGUUCCAUCGCUUUCGCUUCACAGCCACAACUGGAAGAGCGUAAGAGUGCAGCAACCUGUCUGGCCGAACAGGAUCUAUACAAUCUGCGCAUUGCCCAUCGACAGGCAACCGAAACCAAAACGGGUCUCAUUAAUCGCAUCAGAGGUAUAUUUUCACGAACCACUUCCAGCAAUAAAGGUUCGAGUUGUAGUUUGGGUGAACCCAAAAGCUUGCGUGCUGCAUUCAAAUCACAUAUGGGUCUCUUCACACGACAUGUGUCCACCACACAAGCAGCUUCUUGUAAUGCCAUUUACAAUCAGACAACACGUCUGAACGAAGAGGUUUUGAAUGAGUCAUCGAACGGCACACAACUCAAGUCUAUGAAACGUUUAUCUUUCGCGAAGAGUGGUACACAUUUGGAUGUGGCGACACCGGAUCCGAACUUUUUACAAAUACCAACCAUAUCCGCUGAGACGCCAGAAGAGCCCACACACAUGGGCCUGAUUCUACCACUCGACGAAACAGAGCUAGAACGCAUAGGUGUAUCGCGAUAUAUCAAAGUGCACGAAACAAAAGUGAACUUCCAGCUGCCAACAAAUCGGCGACCGUCCAUUGUGCCAGCACAGCAGCCCUCAAUGCGUGAGCGCGUUCGUGGUUCGCCACGUUUUCCGCAUCGCGUAAUGCCCACCAGUAGUUUGGGCGCUUUGGAGGAGACGGACGAUCGGUGUAGCAUUGCGUUGAAGGAACGUAUGACAUUGGGCCGGGCGACCGGUGCGGGCAAUUGGAAAUCUAUGGAAGUGACGACGGAAUCAAAAUUAUCGCUCAGCGUAACACCGAGCGAUAAAAGCAGUUCGCCAACAACGGGGGAGGCCGAGGACAUAAUUGAAAUUGAAAUUACAAAACCGGUGAAUUAGGAAAUCGAAGAGAUAAAUAGGUAUAGAAGAAAUUUUAAUGAAAACAUGCUCAUUCUAAAGCAGUUAACGAAGCGUAACACCACAAAUACGUCAAUUACCCCCACCGGGUAAGGCCGAUUUUAAAACAUCUUAUUUUUAGUAGAGACUUUUUGUAGAUAACCAAUACCCUGUACAACCUUGAAAUUCUUUCGAACUUCAAACCUGAUACUUUUACACUGACAAUCCAUUAGCAACUAAAAUUGUAUAUAAUUAGAUAAGUAGGAAAUGCUGUUUUUGAAAAAUACUACGAGUUAUUGGUAAGACCCGUUUUAUGGAAAAUAAGUAUAGAAAUAAGUACUCUCUCACCAGCGCAAGUUAACUGAAAAAAUUAGGUAGAAUUCAUAAGCACCUGCAGUAGAUGUGUAUGUGAACUUAAGUCUUAAGAUAGUCAACAGAAAUUGUUAUUAAAAAUUAAGUUAUGUGAUAAUAAGAAUUUACUUUCCAACAAAUGUGAGCUACGCAAUGCAAAAACCGAAGCUAAACCUAUAUCGGCAAGAUUGUGGUAUUUAUCAAAUCAUCAGAUUAAGUUAAUAACUAUUAUGAGGUCAAUUAUUUUGUAUUGAAUUAAACGUUUUAUUUACCAUAUUUAGAUUUAUCCGAUUAAUGUCCAAUAAGCGCCGUUUUGCACCAUAACUUUUUUCCAUUUUGAAGUUAUUAUCAUUUUCCAUCUUUCGUUGAUACCCUCUUCUCUAAUGACAAAGCUUUGGAAAAAUCGAUUUUCGCAAGAUUUCUUGAGGUCAAUUCAUCACAAGCUAUAACAUUACCAUAAACAAGGUCACUAUCGAUGUGUGGAGUCGCUUGUGAGCGAUUGAUUCCUUCUGAUGAACCAAUUGCUGACAGUAAAGGUUCGAAUUGCGAGUUUGGCGGUAAUUCUUUGCCGAUCUCAACGAGGUCACGAAAAAACCUUCCUGGUUGUCAGUGUCGCUGUGCCGACUAUUUGUUUCGCCUUUCUGCCGCACACGACCUUUUUCAUUUGACGUUACUAUAAACGAUCCACUUUUCAUCACUUGGCCCCAUUAGCUUCAGAAACUGGUCUAUGUUGCUACAACAAUGAUUCACAGAUUCAAAAUUGGCGCACGACGCUUAUUCUCGUAAGCUUAUGUGUUUCCUCUUAUUAUGCAUAUUUAGCUCCUUGGCAAACGAAAUAAACUCGAUGAUUUGCAUUACUUUAUUGACAUUUUCGACAAUUGGCCUUCCACACCGUGGAUUAUAUUUUACCCCUCAGCGGUUUUUCGCCCCAGCUCCUCCUCCAAUUUGUAGUUUUGCG